UACAACUUCAAGAUGCUGCAGUCCUUCAUGCUGAGGGUUCUCUGCCUGCUCUCCGUCUCCCUCUUGGCCAUCUGCAUGGCUGGGAGUGGGGCUGCCCCUCUCACCGUGACUGGAACCCUGGGACAGUCAGCCUCCUUACCUCCUGGGAUCCCAGAUGAAAUGGAUGUUGCUGAGUUUGUGUGGAAGAGAAACGUAUCGGCAGUGGUGCUGUAUGUGAAAGGGAACAUCACUUACUUUGGUUCUGAGGAUUUCAGGUCACGGUUAACUCUUGAUCUGGUGAGCUUCAGUCUGCAAAUCCGUAACCUACGGAGAGAGGAUGCCGGUGAUUAUGAGGCACUUGUUACAUCAGGUUCAGGAGCUGAGCAUCGUGUGACAAUGCGACUGGAGGUGUACGAGCCCGUGUCUGGAACACACAUCAAAGUUCAGAACAUGACCGGGAACUGUGACCUCACCCUGACCUGCUCCGUGACCUCAGGCAGCCCCACCAGCUUCAGCUGGUGGAGGGGAGGAGAAGCUGUGGGAAAUGACGACACCCAUCACCUCUGGGAACACAAUCAGACUGUAUCGAUUCAUCAUACCGGAAAGGUCAACGAUGCUAACUACAGGUGUGAGGUCAGGAACCCCAUCAGUCAGGACACAGCAAAUAUCUGGCUGAGGGACUUAUGUAAUAUAACCACAAAAGAAUCGUCAGGAUUAACAAUGAUUCAAAUAAUUAUUAUUUCAAGUGUGUCCGGUAUAUUUGUUAUUGUUCUCCUUAUUUGUCUGACCUGUUUCAUCAACAAAAACGUAAAACAUCGUCAAAAGCCUCAAAUCACCGGAGAGCCACCGCCCGUGGAGACUGAGUACGCAGCAGUUCAGGCAGUACGAAGUCGUGCAGCUGGCCAGCAAACUCGACAGGGGAAUGAGAUGGUUCAUGGGCAUAACGACUGGCUGGAAGUUCCGAACACCGUGUAUGCCACAGUGAACUCCCCUGGGAAUCCAGCUGCUGAGCCAGCGAGGGGUAAACGAGGAGCCCGCAGGAACGUGAGGGACAGCAGCUUCGAAAUGUAUGAAACAGUGAACUAUCCGGGGAUUCCACGCAUGGCCACAAUCAGGAAUGGAGCAGGAGCCCGUGGAAAAUCCUCACCAAUAUAAUCCGGAGGCUCCCAUCUUCCUCUCUGAGACUGGGGCUGCGUCUGCAAGCCAGGCUGUGGAAUUGGUGUGUUUUGGGGGAUAGAAAGAUUCCACAUUCCUCAGAUUUGCAGCUGUCCUUGUUGGACAAGGAUGGGGUGUAUCUCAGUAAUUCUAGACGAGGGUAAUCUGUGUGGGUGGGGCAGGGAGGACAUCACACUUAACCGGGACCUGGGCAGCACUCUACAUAGGUGGGUGGCAGUUAUUGGGGGAGGGAGUUGUUUUGGGAAGUUUCAGCAGACUGUGUGGUUCCACACCAGAGGAACCACAUAUCUGGCCCAUAUCUGGCCUCUGUGUCUCUAGGUUGGAGGCUUAUAGGGGGUCACAAUAAAAUCAGUUUGAAAUCCCAAAUAAAUUCUUGUCCCCUAUAACUGGAAUCUUUUGAAAUUUUAAUUGGGGGAACAAAUACUAAACAAAAAAACAAAGCUAAAAACAUACUUUAAAUCUGGCUUCAGAAAGAAAUAAUUUUCUGGAGGUAACAGGGAAGCAAACACCCAGGGAAAUGAUCUGACUGAAAUCAGUUUGCUGCGCUGUGCAAAAAUCUGAGGCAUAGUUAAGAUGCCACAGACUUUUGCACAUAACUGUCAUAAUUUUAUGUGUUGUGCUGUACUGCUGCCGCAAAUAAUAAUUAACAAAUUUCAUGACA